AUGGCUACAAUCCAGGCGUAUCAAGAGGCUUCCCGGCCGAUUGACGACAAGACCGUUCUCGAUCCGGAGCCUGCAGCGUUUAUCAAUCCCAACGCCCCGACCGAACUAGUAUCCGAACGGAAGUGGUACUGGUUCAUAUGGGACAGUUUCUCGAAACCUCCUGCGGAACGUAAACUCCUGAUGAAACUCGAUUUCACAUUGCUGGUCUUCUCGGUGCUGGGUCUCUUGAUCCGAUAUAUCGAUCAGACGAACUUGUCGACGGCAUUUGUGUCGGGAAUGAAGGAGGAAUUAAAUGGCUACGGCUUGCAACUGAACUAUGCCACUACCUGCUGGACCGUAGGAUAUGUCAUCGGCCAGAUCCCGGUGACGAUGCUGCUCAACCGAGUAUCGCCUCACUAUGUCAUCUUUUGCCUCGAAUUCACUUGGGCCAUAUUGACGCUGUGCACGACGUGGGUAAAGAACUGGUCACAUGUCUACGUCAUCCGGUUCUUUGUGGGACUAUUCGAGUCGGGCUAUUAUCCUGGUUUACUGUUCAUCAUCGGCUCUUGGUACAAGAAGGACGAACUAGCCAAGCGUUCCAACAUCUUUCAAGCAGCCACUGCUGGAGGUACACUGCUGUCCGGAGUCCUUCAAGCGGGCGUUCAUAAGACCUUGAACGGGAAGCUCGGGAUGGCAGGAUGGAGGUGGAUCUUUGCUAUCGACGCUGUCAUCUCCAUCCCGAUCGCUUGUUGCGCUUUCAUCUUUAUCCCCGAUUUGCCGACCAAGAUCAAACCCAACUGGAUCUUUAACGCAGACGACAUCGCUUUAGGGAAUCAACGUAUGCAAUUGGCCGGUCGGGCCGGGCCACAAGCGGGGGCCUUCAACUUCCGAUUCUUUCGAAAACUUUUGACGGAAUGGCACAUCUGGUUGUUUACCAUAACGUAUUCGCUCUACAUCUUCGCUCAAAACCCGCAGCAAUCGAUGUCAUUCUGGCUCAAAUACUCUCAAUCGCCUACGUAUACCGUCGAACAGAUCAAUUACUAUCCGAGCGGGAUCUGGGCUACCCAGAUCGUCUCGGCCCUCUCCUUCGCCUGGCUCUCAGACACACUCCUCAGGGGUCGGCGAUGGCCGCCCUUGUUAUUGGUUGCCAUUUGGCAUUCCGUAGAUACAGCCAUACUCGCUGGAUUGCCUGUUUAUCAGGACAAUCGGGCGGUCAGAUGGGUUUUCUAUUAUUUAUCGGGGGUUGUCAACGCCACUCCGGGAAUCUUGUAUUCAUGGUGCAGCGAAAUCAUAGGCAAUUCCUCUGAGAAACGCGGAAUUGUCAUGGGUACCUUUAAUAGUGUUGCCUUCUCCUUCAACUGUUGGUUGCCUCUUCUCCUGUUCAAACAGACCGAGCAGCCACGAGUUUUGAAAGGCACGAUCGCUGCGUCCGUCGCCUCGGCGCUUCAAGCGGGUUGUAUCCUAGGAAUCUUGUAUCUAUCAAACAGGGACUUUAGACGCAGCCGGGAUACCGAAGAGUCGCUUGUGGCGAUCGACGAGGUGGAGACGGACAGCAGCAAGGGUUCGAGGUUAAAUGUCGGCUUGUGA